AUGGACGCGGCAGGGGCCGCAGCCGCUGCUGCAUUGCUGUGGUCCUCAGGUGCAGAUGUUCCAAAGUCAGACUCAGAGGGAACCGAACCUCCGAGUGAUCAGGACGAGGUGCGCGCUCGCCAUCCAGCUUUUGCGGGGUCGUUGGUCAAGCUGCAGAACUUCCCGGCCUCAUGGGUCGAGGAAGACAGCCGCUUGCUGCUUCCCGAGCGACUGGCGCGCUUGCUUGAACGGUUCGGAGAAUUGGCUUUGGCACCAGUCGUUGCGGAGAAUGAAGGACCACUGCUCUACGCGGCCUUCGUGGAAGCAUCGGCUGCCACCCAGGCUUUGCAAAUUCUGCAAGCAACAGUCUUCGGAUGCAUUUACGAUAUUUUUGUCUUCGCCAUCCGCUACCUGUGGUGUGUAUACGACCCCAGUGAGCCGUUGCUGGGAGUCCAGCCAUUGCCGCCAAGUCAGAGGCGCGGCUCGAAGCCGACGCUGCUGGGCCGCAAGUCGGAGAAGCCGGCGAAGGUCUCGGAGGAUGGUGGCGCAGGAGAUACGGGAGAUGCCAAGGAGGAAGUCGUGACCCAAUCCACUUCCAGCACCUCUGCAAGAAGGAGGAUUGCAAGUGCUGCGACGCCAAAGAGGGCCCGUGCCCCACCAGGCAAGUCUCGAGGUGCCGCGGCAGCGCUGUUAACACAGGCAAGUCCGCGGGGGUCAAAGGAAGUCUCACCGGCCACCGGAUCAACGGCGCCACCUGCUCCACCCUCCCACUCGGAGGAUUCCGCCCCUCUGGGCCAAUCUACGCAGAGUGUAGACAGCAGCUCGGACACCCAGGUUCAGAGUCCACGGCCAGCUCCCAAAAGAGCGCUGUGCUGUGGUGAUGGACUCAUCGGAUGCUUCGGAGGCUUCAAAGAGAUGCUUCGCUCCCCCCCUGAGAGGAAGCUUGGCGAAGGGGCCGAAACUGCCCAGCUGCAGCUGCCGUUGGGCCGAUCCUUCCAGGAGCAGCGUGAGUCGGAGCGACGGGCUCGGCUUGCAGAGCUCAACAGGCGCUUUGCCGCGGCACAAGAGGCGGCCAAGGGCUUGUUGCUCUCAAGUGAUGAGAAGUUGCAGCUCUACGCCUACCAGAAGCAGGCAAUCGAAGGCCCCGUUUUUGGAAGUCCGCCCGGCCCCUUGAACGUGACUGCCCGCUCAAAGUGGGAUGCCUGGGCGAAAUUGAAUUGCAUGGAAAAGGAUGUUGCCAAGCAGGGUUACUGCGCCCUCGUUGACAAGUUUGCGCCCGGUUGGAGGACCAGCGACCAGUCUCUCCCUCGCUCCUCGCUGGCUUCGGAAUGCUGUGAACAUUGUGAGCGCGCAGGUCCAGAGCAGGAGUCUGAGGCUACUACGGCUACGAGUAGAGGCAAAUUAGCCCGGACAUCCAAGACCGCAUCUUCACUGCCAUAUGGCGCUGAUGCACUGAUGUCUGUUCCCUCUUUGAAAACACUGGCCUUGGUGAAGAAGAGCGAAAGCAUCUGCGAACGUGUGAAAGCAAAAUCUAUCAAGCAGUGCAAAGGCACCUCACAGAAGUCUUGUAGCAUCAACGUAGAGCGAGUGGUGGUGUACACGAUCACCAAAGAUGGCUCUGCACAGACGCUGGACUGCCGGGCCAGCGACCAUAGCGGCAUUGCUCUGGGCAGCAGUGCAAAAAAGAUUUCUUUGAGAGGCCGUCCGGCCCAUCCAUGGGAGCGAUUCUCCGCCAAGCUGGAGGAGUCCCCUUUGGUUGCCAAGAAGAUCUUCAAGACCUUUGUCAGGCGAGCUGGGCCCUCAGGGUCCCGCACCAACGACCAACACAAGGCGAGAGCCAGUGAUGGCAGUGAGACAGAGCCUCCGACGGAGCCGCCCAGCGAGGCUGAAGACCAAGGGAGCCAGGUCAGUGCCAAGGUCCUGCUUGGCAACUUCCCUGUCUCCUGGCUGGCGUUGGAGGUGCGACCUCAACUGGACGCGCGCAUCACGGCCCUUCUGACCAAGUUCGGCAGUCUUGACACACUACCUGAAGCCGUCGAGCGUGCUGGAAGUAUGAUCGCCGUAGCAGUCUUCCAGGAUGCCGGCGCUGCUCAAAAGGCGGUGCAGGCGCUGGAUGGCUUCGACUGGAGGAGCUCGGAGGCUGCCAAGAGCCCUCCCGCAGCCCAUGAGUGCUUCAGCGCAAAGAUCCUGGAUGAUGAAGCAGAGGCUGCGUUGAGGCUCACAUCGACCUCAGGUGAUCCAGAUGCUCCGGGCGCUGCUCCGGAUCAGAUGCAUCAACCAGAGGACCUCAACGAGCAAUCUGCAGUGGGAUCCCCUUCGCCGCAGUCAAUGAAGACAACGCAAAGACCUGCACGGGUCAAGCUGCCGCAAACCGGUCGGAACCUGCGCUGGGAGAAGUCUAGCAGCGAGGCUGAAGAUGAGCAACCGGCGUGGACGGUGCACCCAGCGGAGGCCGCCGUCGAGCCCGCCGAGGCGUUUCAGGUUGGGCCCGAAAUGCGUCAGCUGGAUCUGUCGGACACGCAUUUGGUGGUGUCUGGGCUGCCUUGGGACUGGAGCGCUCUGCAGCUGCAGAUGUUGUUCACACCUUUCGGAGGAGUGCAGGCCAUGCAACUUGGAAGCGACGACCGCGGUGGGCGCCUGGCCCUGGUGCGCCUGGAGGAGCUGGCGCAGCACGCCGCCGCUGCAGUCCACUUCCAGCAGCCCCAACCCGGCGAGUUGGCGCAGCUACGUUGUGAGCAUGUCCUGGGUCCGCGGGAGAAGGAGCUGUUGGCGCAGGCAGCCGAGGCCGAGCGGCUGAGGAAGGAAGCAGAAGAAGCAGCAGCUCGUCAGCGCGAGGCAGCUGCGGCAGAAGCCGAGAAGCAGCGGCAGGCAGUUCUCUUCGCCAGUCGCCGAGUGCUCUGGGAAGCUGCAAAUGCAGACUUCGCUGCUGCCGUGCUGGAACAGGCGGCGCAGCCGGAAGAUCUGGAGCGCUGCAAGCGCCUUCAGGCUGCUGCAGCGUCUUUGAGAGAUGCCUCGCUCAGCAAACAGCGAAGGCGAAUGUUCGUGGCACUGGUGGAGGCCGAGCGCAAACGGCAGGCACAAAUGGCCUUUGAAAUGGAGCACGAGGCUAUGCGCGCCAUGGAUAUGGAAUCCAAGGCUUGGCAGGAGUACCUGCUGAACGCCGAGCAUCACUAUCUGGAGAUGAUCCGACAGGCAGAAGCCGCCGAGACUCUCGCAAUGUCCAAAGCUGACCGCGAGAGCCGGCGUGCUGAGCAGGCACGGAUUGACCAGGAGCGGCGGAGACGGCGGAAGGAGCGCGAAUCACAGGCAGCCGAGGGGCGUGCCAUGAAGAAGGCAGAUAAUGAGAGCCGUCGAGUUGAGGCGGCCAUCUUCCUUGAGGAAGAGCAAGCUCGCGAAGAGUUUGAGACAGAGUUCAUGGAACGAGCCGAGGAUGAGAUUCGGGAGUUCUUGGUAGAGGAGGCUCGCAGGGAAGCGGACGAGCGGCGGCGGAUGGCUGCUGAUGAGGCUGAGUUCUUCCGGCGACAGGAGGAGGAGAGGCGGCGACGAGCAGAAGAAGAGAGAAAGCAGAAGCUCGUAUUGGAGUGGCGAAGGAAGAAGGAAGCCAGGAGGGCCUUGGAGUCGGAUGAUGACGAUGAGGCUCCGGCUCCAGACGACGAGGAGGAGGACCAAGAGGAGCCGAAGGAGGAGAAAAAGGCAAGCCCAACCCCACAAAAGGCAAUCGUGCGCAAUCCAUUUGGGCCGGUCAACGUGCCUGUUCCGCCGAAGACGGUGGCCCAAGAGGAUGCCAAAGCUAAGAAAGCCAAGGAGGAGGACCACAAGCGCGUGCGUGAAGAAGAGCGACGCAGGCUCAAGGAAGAAGCUUCCAAGAGGCGGAAGCGUGAGACAGAGGAAGCAGCGGCAGAGCUCCAAAAAUUUGAGCAGGAGUUGCAACGACGAAGUAACUUCUUGUUGCGACGCCGGCAGCAGGAGGAGGAAGAUCUCCGAAAGGAGGAGGAGGCUCAGCAGCGAGCUGAGAAAGAAGAGCAGGAGCGCAAGCAGCGAGAGUUCGAAGCAUCCUGCAUGGCCCGCGAGGAAAAGCUCCGCAUGCCCUUCGAACUCGAGGAGCGCCGGCAAGAGUCAGAACGGCGUAAACGUGAGGAAACGGAGCGCAGAAAGCAGGAGCGCGCCGAGAGGAAGCGAAAGGAGCAGGCCAAACAUUUGGGAAAUGACGAUGUUGAGGCGCCGCCGGCCCCGGACGGUGCAGCCGCGUAG